AAGAAGAGCUCUUCCACACUGUGUGAUUAUUUUGUCGUCAGUCUCUGCUCGACACCGUGCAGGUGCCUUGAAAACAAAAUCUCUUUUUUGCCUAAAAAAAAAAAAAUUAAACAAAAAAAAAAUAUUAAUAAAAAUUCACCUCCUUUUUUUCCGGAAUGGAGUUCCCCACUUUUCCUCCGGGUGACAUGUACGUGUCGUUACCUCCCUUCAACGCCACCGUCUCGGAUGCGCUCCUGCUGGGGUCGCCAAGCGGGAGCAACGGAACCGACACGCCCGUGGCUCGGGAGUCUCGGGACACGGCGAGAGUCAUCAUUGCCGUUAGCAUCACCGCCCUCUACUCGCUCAUCUGCGUGGUGGGACUGCUGGGCAACAUCCUCGUCAUGUACGGCGUGGUCAGGUACACCAAGAUGAAGACGGCCACCAACAUCUACAUCUUCAACCUUGCUCUCGCGGACGCCUUGGCCACCAGCACCUUACCCUUCCAGAGCGCCAAUUACCUCAUGAGCACGUGGCCUUUCGGACAGCUGCUGUGCAAAGUGGUCAUCGCCAUCGACUACUACAACAUGUUCACCAGCAUCUUCACGCUCACCAUGAUGAGCGUGGACCGCUACGUGGCCGUGUGUCACCCCGUGAGGGCCCUUGACUUCCGCACGCCGGCCAAGGCCAAGAUCAUCAACAUUUGCAUCUGGAUGCUGUCCUCCGUCGUAGCUGUCCCUGUGAUGGUCAUGGCUGUUGCCAAGGUGACAGACAAAGGCAAUGUGGAUUGCAGAAUCAUUUUUCCCAAACCAGAGUGGUACUGGGACACCAUGACCAAAAUCUGCGUGUUCAUCUUCGCCUUUCUGGUGCCCGUCUUGGUCAUCACCAUCUGCUACGGUCUGAUGAUCCUGCGCCUCAAGAGUGUCCGUCUCCUCUCCGGGUCCAAAGAGAAGGACAGGAACCUGAGACGAAUCACUCGGAUGGUCCUGGUGGUCGUGGCGGCCUUCAUCGUUUGCUGGACUCCCAUACAUAUCUUCAUCAUUGUCAGGACCAUGGUGAAAAUUGACCACAACAACCUCCUGGUGAUGGCAAGCUGGCAUCUGUGCAUCGCUCUGGGCUACACCAACAGCAGCCUCAACCCGGUCCUGUACGCCUUUCUGGAUGAGAACUUCAAGAGGUGCUUCAGGGACUUCUGCUUGCCCUAUCGCACCCGCAUGGAGCAUAACAGCUUCUCCAGGGGCCGCAACAGCACCAGGGAGCCAAUGUCCGUUUGUGCCCCCGCUGCAACGGACAAACCACCCGCAUGACUAGGCGUGGACCAACUAGGGAUCCAGGAGGACCUUCAGACGGAAGUCACACAAUUCUCCACCACAGGAGUGUGAGCGUACAUGUUGGCGUUUAUUCCACCCUUUCUUGUAGCUCUAGACAGUACGGAGACUGUUCAAUGGUUGUCUUUGGGAGAUGUACAAAAUGCCAAAGUGUGCCUGUAGAGCCUAAAAUUAUGAAUAUAAAUGUACGUAACAUAGAUGAGUGACAAAUUGAAGGAAAGAAACGUGAAUGUAUACUUGACCUUAUAAGAGUCAACAGGAAUAUUGUUUAAAAAAAUAUUGACAGUAUAUGUUACAAACUCAAAAUAAUGCUUACAUAAACUAUAUUUUAAAAGUUAAAGUGUGUAAUACCACUAGUUUCUAUGGUAAUACCAGAAGUUAGUAUGUUAGCUUUAAACUAGCUUUAAGUCAUAAAAACAACCAUGCAAAUGUCACUCGCACAAACCCCUUUCAACGGUUUAAAAGCUAUGUUAUUAUGUUAUUGCUUCCCCAAUGCUUAAGUAAUUACCGUUAAAAAAAUAACGUCUACCUCCGCACUGGAAUAUCUGCUGAUGCUACAUUAAAAUCCCUACUAAAAAGGAUCAAAAGCUGUGAGGUGGUGGAACAGUCCUACUACUAUUAUCAAAAUGUGCUACACACUACACGCACACAACAUGACGUCAAAGUGAUUCAUUAAAAAAUAAACAACCUUCAGCUUGCAAGCACGUGCCGUAGUUUCCAGGCAAAAUGCGCGCCUAAAUAUAGGCCACACCCUCGUAAUUUUUGAACACGUUUUAUUUUGUAAAUUUAUAUUGUUUGCACAAGUCUAUCAGCCGCAGGUGUACACGUCAACAUAUAUAUUUUGUUUUCAUUGACAAAUUUAACAAACUAACACAGCAUAAAGUGAGUAGCAUACCAGAAAAAGUUACUGAGCGCGAUCUUCAUCCUUCUCUUCCGCUCUCCGGCGAGCAUCAUUUAGUGGCGGAGGGAUUAUGUUCCGUGCGGUGGCUGUUUCCUGUUUCGAUGGCCGGGUCAUUCGUCUUCGUUUUGGGACUACGUCUUGUGCAUUUCAUUGUGUCUUCUCCAGGAUGAUGGUGAGUCCAUAACGCACUAAACGUCUGACUAAAUGAUUUGUAUGAGUGCGUUUGAUUUUAUUUGUGAUUUAAUGACAGCGCCGUCAAUUUAUUGGCGACGUGUGAAGCUCGUGAAAAAUACAUAAAUUAGCUGCAGCAUUGGGAAAAAAGAAGCAGCUUAACGUUCGGAAAUGACGCUGUAUUUUCCCGCAGUCACUUGUUGCUAGACAGAAUCUGUGGUACAAUAUUACACAACACAAAAACAGAACUAAAAGAUAAACAGACAAGCUGAACAACACAUUCUCAAUUGAAUCAAUGUCAGAAAAGUUCAGAUUUUUUUUUCCACCACAGCGCCAUCUGCUGGUUGUAAACAUUAGGUCUUAAUGUGGCCGCCGUUACAAAACUGACUUUUACGCUUGUGUUCCUUUCAUUUGUCACCUAUCUGUACAUUGUUACACUUCACUGGCGCAUUCUACGUCACACUGCUAACGCAGCGCCACAUAAAACGGAGUUGAGGCUAUUCAUUAUAUUCGAAAAAUAUUCACUUGUUGCUAGGAAGAAACAAACACUAUGAGACUAAGAAUUUAUCAUGACUUUUUCGCUUGUGAGAUAAUCCUUUCAUUUGUCAACUAGACGGUAUGCUAACAUUGUUGCAGUGAUUUAUUGUUUUUUUUUUUUUUAUUGCACUUCACUUGGGCGCUGUGAAGUUGAAGUUACCUUGGAGGACGACAAUGUUCAGUGUCAGCUUUAGACGUUUUUGUGGACUUCAAGGCCAUGUGUGGAGAACAGCGGCAGACUCGCGGCGUCGUGCCUAAACACUCUUGAUGUUGGGGAAUGUGUUGCACCACAUUUAACACCAUGGCUAUCACCUUUUUAAUCGGCUCGUAUUCACUUGUAAAUAGCGGACAUGUGGACAAAAGUAUUGGGACACCCGGCCUUUGCAACUGAGAGGACUUUCCAUACAAGACUUUUUGGGUCCAUUCGAUCAAAAGUAGCUUCUUCUUUUUUUUUUUAGUUCUGCUCUGAUGGGCUCCUCCACGCUGAACUCAUCCAAGCAUGUGUUGAUGGUUUAAGUGUUUCUAGGAUUGUCGUCUUAGGUUUUAUUUGCGGCUUAAUGAGUAUCCAGUAACAUGAAUGUGCUAAUGUGUUUCAGGGGAAAUUGCAUUCAAUUUGCUGGAAGUCCCUUCUGGUGACGGUAAAUGGAGACGUAAUGACAGAUGAAGGGCACAUUAAUAUUCAUCUCGAUUUAUGUGCCGGUGUGUGCGGCUUUCUGAGAGAAGCCAUAAAAGACGAGUAGAGACGACGGACGCUUCCAAGUAAUCUACCAUGGCUGUCAACUUGUUUUUACUUCCUGUUGUCGGACUGCUCUUUUCUCUGCACCACUCAAACAUUCAAGCAGGAAGCUUUAAAGGAGGAAUGACCAAUGGUGAGGUUACACCUGGUGAGGAAUAUUUGUAUUUCUUGAUCACUGGAUAUUUAUACCAUAAAACAUUUUAAAUGGCAGUAUUCAUCUAUAUAACACCUGUAAAUAAUGUAUUGUUUUCUUAAUGUAAUUUGUUAGGCUACAAUGUGCUGUCAGGCUGUUGUGUUUACAGUAUAUGCUUGAUAUACGUGUAUUUUCACCAUGCUCAGUAUUAUUAUUAUAAUUAUAGAUGUUACCGUGCUAAUGUUAGCAUCCUUACCUUUUAUACAAGCAUUUUAGCUUGUUUCGUUUUAUUAAACCUAAUGAAUAUGGAUUUUGUUACCGUACUUGCCGCCAUCUUAAAAGUAUGUUAGCAUGCUAGCAUUUAGGCUAAUUGUGUACAUUUUGACCUAAUAAUCAAGGAUUUCAUUACUUGGCGCCAUGUUAAAUGGAAACCAUUUAUAGAUUCUGUUACUUGAGUUUGAGUUUUUUGUAACCUAUGCUAACUCUUCUAACUAAACCAACUUUUAGCAUUUCAACAUUCAUACUCCAUUUCAGUACAGCUUCUGCUCGAAACCUCUAAAACCAUUUUAACCUUUAAACUAUAACAACCUUUAAACCAUUUCUACAUUUCACUAGAAUUUCAGUUUAGCAUCAGCUCCUCCACAUUCAAACCAGUUCAAGAUUCAAACUAUUCUUACACUCAUUCUACAUACAUCCAUCCAUUUUCUACCGCUUAUUCCCUUUGGGGUCGCGGGGGGCGCUGGAGCCUAUUGCAUAAGCAUUUCAAUUCAGCUCUCAGGAAUUGCUUCAUUUCAUUAUUAUAGUCAAGCUCAAAUGAAAAAUAAAGGAAAAAAAGAAUAAAGAAGUCAGAAUAGAGUGCAAUUCAAUCAGAAUUAAUAUGUAACAUAUGAUUUUUUUUUUCAUACUUUUCAAUAUCAAAUUUAACUUGUAAUUUUAUGAAGAAAAUAUUGGCAUAAAGUUGUUUUGUCCAGGAAAAAUUGUAAUAUUACAUGCAUAAGCAGUCUUAGGGUACAAUGUCUCAAAGGGCUGCACAAGCCACAUCCUCGGCUCAGAGCCCACAUCAGGGCAAGAAAAAACUCAACCCAAUGGGAUGACAAUGAGAAACCUUGGA